AUGUCGAUGUUCAAUGUUGACGAAGAAGAAACCUCGGAGAAUGUCGAUAUGAACCAGGUCAAAGUUUGCCUGUGCAAUAUUUUUGGUGGUUCGUUGGACGGCAUAGGACCAUCACUAUUGAACUUGGAUGACAUUUUAAAGUUAAAUGAAACGGAGGAUAGCGUGAAGAACCAUUCGACGCCAGUGUCAUGGGCCACAACUACCUGCAGUCAGGUGAACGACUACCAAACAUCGAUGGCCAUCAUGAUGAACUGCAGUCGCGUUCUGUCGGCGUUUAGCGACAAUUACUCAGAUUCCAUCAUUCACAAAUUGUCCUCAGUAUUCUACACGUACGUCUGCUCCAUCAUCUGUCUCUUCGGAUUUUUAGGAAACCUGGCCAACGUCUUCCUCCUCAUACCACAAGGACGCAAGUGCAGCAUGGGACGAAUGGAAAAAUCUGUAUACUGGGGUUUGAUAAGUUUAGCAAUGUCUGAUCUCUUGUUUUGUGUGUGCGUCAUACCGAGAAUGAUUACUGAUAAAAAUGUCAUCGUCCCUCAGGCUCCAAAUUUUUCGCUUUAUUAUUUCACAUACAGUGAUGCGUUGGUUCAUUUGUUUGCUAUGAUAAGUACUUGGCUGACUGUUGCCAUGGCAAUGGGACGCUACCUGGCUAUUUGCAAACCGUUCACAGCCCGAGCGGUUAUUGGUAGAACAGCUGCAAAAAGAACGAUAGCGGGAAUAUUUCUCAUAUGUUUUAUCGUAAGUUUGCCAAGAUUUUUUUGUUAUAGAGUGGAGACCUUGCAUUGUAGAAGCAGCAUUCGAUAUUACAUCAGAGAACCAAUACUUCCCGUUAGACCAAAUUUGCUUUUCGACCAAAUAUACAACUGGUUCUACUUCUUAGCAGGAAUUAUUAUACCCUUUGCAUGCCUUAUAUUCAGCAACGCCUUCCUCAUCAAAACACUUGGCAAAGCAAAAACCACCUUGAAGUAUUGCAGAGUGGUGAAACGACAACAAAACAGCAGCCAAAAUCAACAGAGCAGCAGUCAACAGCCAUUGCACACCAGCCACAACAAAGUGGACACUAAUAAUUUACACUUUUUACAUCAAAAAUUGCAGCACCGAUAUACUCCAGUACAUCUCUACUCUCCAUCUCUCCAGCCUCAAAAACAUCAAAAUUAUUACAAUCAAUUCGUGCAACACCAAAACUCAAGCUCUCACCAAACUUUGGAGGACCAAUACCGACCCAUCACGUUAACACUCAUUGUUUUGGUCCUUACCUACAUCAUCUUCGUCACGCCUUCUGAAAUUUUUUUGUUCAUCAGAAGGUGCAUAUUGUCUGAGCGUCAAGGCACAAACAUUUUAAACAACUUCUUGGCAACAAUUGCGAACACCUUGCAGGCAACAAAUUAUUCUCUCAACUUUCUUCUCUAUUACGCCAUCAAUGUCAACUUCAGGAAAUCCGUAACAAAUGCUUUCUGUUGUUUCAGAAGUAUCUUCCUGCCUGGCUGUUCGAUAUCAUUAACAUCAGUUCCCGUUGACAUUAUAGAUAAUGAGUUUGCAAAUGCCAACAACAACAUCAAUAGCAUCAACAGCGCUGGCAGCAGCACCAACAAUGAAAACAGCAACAACAUCAUCAUCAACAACCUCAACAACCUCAAAGCUCUAAGUUUUAAAACCAAUACUCCGAUCGUAAUAAGUUGA